CCACAAGCGCUUCGGUGCCUAUAGCCCCCCGGGGCCUGCUGCCGGUGCUUGCGGUUGACGCCCGCUUAACCACUUCCCGCGAAGCCCAGCCCCCUGACGGAUUGCCUUUCCUUCGUAACCAUCUCACAAUGUCAACACGACGGAUUUGAUCAGAAUCCCCACGAAUUUUGGCAGCCUAAGAAGUGGGAGCAAAGCAUGCCAAAAAACUGUUCACGUAGAUGUGGAUGUCGCGGCUCAAAAUUUGACAGCGGAUGCCUUUUCAAUAAAUGUUUUCUGGAUUUUCAUGCUCGGGCUCAGUCAGGGUCUCGAACGAAAGGGCCCGGGCUGCGAGCGCUACUUUAAUGGUGUGGAUCAGCGGAGUUGCUUCAAAUUUGAACAGCGGUUUCAAUCGAUGAGCCCAGGUGGUCGUGCAUUGUUUUUUAGUUUAUAUGUGGAUGCAAACGAAGCUUCGAGGUCGCCCAAUUCCUGCCUGCAGCUAGCUGCUACAUGCUUGCUCUUGCUACAUCGAUAUAUGCACUCGACCUUGCGUGAUAGAUGGAGCGCAUUCUCUCACCCAAGUUUAAACUCUUGACGGAUUGAUUACUCAUCUUCGAGGUGAAACUCUGCCCCGAAAUUUCACUACACGAACAGAGGCAGAGACACAGAGAGAGGGAGAGAGAGCAAAUCCAAGAAAUGGAUCCAAAACUUAAAGAGUUGCUGACAUGUUUGCGCGGUCUCCAUAGGUCCAGAGCCACAAGCCGAAGCACUAUUGAAGCAAGAUUGCCUCACGCGUCUCGUGGCAUCAAUUCGGUGACGUCUACAGCAGGUUACUAGUGACUGAAGAACGCCAACGUCCUGUUCAUGAUGAAGAAGAGAAGGGAACAGUAGUGGGCAAGUCGUCAGUCAGGCAGGCGGAUUGGCCUCCAGGGAGGGAGGAGGAGCAGCAGGACGUGGGGAGGGAGGGCUCAGCCUGGACUACAGUGCCCUCUGGUAGAUCAUACCAGACCGAGCAAGAUCAAGUAGAUGACCAGUCGUCGGCUGAGCCCAUGCUACAGUGAGAUUGUAGCCUAGAGGUUAAUCCCUUUAUAUCCCCUCAAUCAUGACUUAUACUAGAUCUGCUCUCACAGUUCUUGGUGAACUACUACAAUCCAGUCCAGUUCAGUCCAGUCCAGGCCAGGCCACGCCAGUCUUCAGUGAAAAACAUAGUUCGGCUCCGAAUGUGCUGACCUGACACGAGGUCGCAUGGUGUACGCGUCGAGAACCAACUUUAAAAACUCUUUCCCCCUGGGUUUAUCACCCACAAUGGUUUCAGUCGCAUGCUCAAAACCGAGACUCUCGGGCUUACUUUCACUGGCAGAGAAGAAAGCCUACGUUACGCACUGCCUGCCUGCCUGACUGCCUAUUGAGCACGAGUGCUCGGGUUGAGACUCGUAGACAGGGAGGGAGGCAGGGAGGGAGAGAGAGGCGAGUCUAAGCAUUGAUUUCGGGGAGGAGAGGUCUAGGGGUACCGUAAACUGCAUAACUACAGUGGUAGAGAGAGAGCCUUGGGACCAACAAAAUGUACGAACGAAAACUCUGAGUUCGUCUCGCAAGUGUGGGACCUCCAUUGAGUAGACCACGUGAUUUUGUAGUUUGUGCUGUGAUCUAUCGAACACCAUCGAGGCAUGUCCAGGUCUUUUGAUUAGGUGGCUCGCACGUUCUCGAGCGUAGAUAGUUACACUCGAGGC